GACCCACACGAUGCGGCGUCGACCAAUGUGAAUGGACCUCGAGGCCUGUCCGGAAACAAAGAGCAGUGUCUUAUCCAAUCAGGGAAGACUUGGUUUAAACAGUACAGACCGGUUGAACUUGCGAGUCCGUCUAUUAACGUGAGCUAGCAAAGCCUCCUCUGACUCGGGUGCAUGUAGGAACUAAAUCGGACUCUAAGCUGUGAUCUCUUGCUGCUCUUUGAUGGGAACUCAAGAAGGAGAAGAAGAUUGGGUAGAUGUGGCCAACGAUCUGCUCAGGAAGUGUGGUGUAAACUUCAGGCUGACAAAGUUAGCAGACUGUGUUGGCAAUGUAUUCCUUGCCUUCUAUGAGAACAUCUUGGGGGUGAAAGUUCCAGGCGUUAUUGCUGACCCAAAAACUCCAGAGGAUGACAUCCACAAUGUUCAGUCUGUGAUCGACUCGCUGGCUCUGGACUACCUACAGAUCAGCCUCUCACACAUCACAGGGGAAAACCUUGUCAGAGGGGACAAGGAGUCCAUCAAGAACCUGUUGGAAAUCUUUGAUGGCCUGCUGGAAUAUCUCAAUGAAGAGAUCAGUGAAGAGCUACACAAUGGAGGGCUUAAUGAGGGCCUAACAGAGGUCUUCUUGCCGGCUGUGGGCAGGGACGGACUAAGAAGCACUGAGCAGGUGGUAGCUGACAUGUUGGAGAGGACAUCCCUGUCGUCCAGUGAGUGCUGCUGGACGGCAGAAGAGACAGGAUCCAUCAUUGAGCCAAUAAAGCUGGGACACUCUGUAUGCACCUUCACGGCCAAACCAGAUGCUCCGCCCCCCCUGGAGCGCCUCCCCUCGGCCCUCCCCAUACGGCCUCCCUACCAGGCCACCACCACGCCCCUCCACCACACGUCUCCUGCGGCCUGGCCCCCCCCAGCAGAGGAGUCCAGCAGCCAGCUGGUCCAGGAGCACCAAGCAGGCUCUGACCCUCCAGAGCCAGCUUCUGAAGCAGUCGUAGUAACCAACGGGCGUCCAUCAUCUUCCCAGGUCUCCUCUCCUGCUCUGAGUGCAAUGUCCGAGAACAGUCAUCACCAGAUCAGCCAGGUGAAGCAGUUGGAAAUACAAGAGCCGGAUGUCGUCUUCCUCCCCCUGCCAAAGGAGAUAGACCCCCCAGCCAACAGCCACCUGGACUCAGAGGAGGAGGCAGGGGAGGGUGGGAGCCCAUCCCUGGGACCCGGGAGGAUGGCAGCAGGCCCCGUGUUUCUGGAGGACGACAACGACGAGCUGCCGACACACAGGAGGAAGAAUAAGGCAGCGGAGAAGGAGCUCCACUGUAUGUCGGAAAAACUUUCCAGACGCCUUCAGGACCUUGACCAGAUGCUGCAGCGUGUGCUGGGGCAGAGCGGAGACUUAAUGACUGAAGAGGGAAAGCAUCACCAAGGGGGCUGCAGACAAACCGGUGUGUCCGCGCAAACACACACACAAAUAACGCCCUGCCCUCAGGCCACACAAGCCCUUCCCCUCCGCUCCCCGCCCCCUACCCAGGCACCGCCGCGGCCGGAGGGCCCCACCAGGGGAGCCAGGGGACCUGGGCGACGGCUGCAGACCAACCUGAAGUCUGCCCCUCCCUCCAGGAGGAUCCCCGGCCGGGAGGGAGGAAGAGGAGCCUCUCAGGCCUAUGAGGAGCAGCUGAGGCGCUGUGAGGCCAGAGAGGAAGAAAGGCUGGCCCAGGAGCGGUUCCGUGCUCAGGAGGCCGAGCGGGCGUACAGGGAGGCCAUUUUAAGGGACCUCCCACAGAGAGCGUGCUCAUCUCCAGGACAAUGUGAGAGGGAGGCCCAGCUGCGCCCCCUCCCCUCCAGACCUGGCGCCGCCCGGCAACAGCAGGACCAUCCCAGGAGAGCCCCCCAAAUGAAGGUGAAGCAGAACGACCUGCUCCGUGUGCUCCUGAAAGAACUCCCUCUCCUCCAGCACUCUCCUCACGGUUUGGCUCGCAUGUGGGAGCAGCAGAUGGGCCAGGUAGAGCAGCUCCACCACCUGCCUGCCCGCAUCGCCCACAGCCAGUCACGCAAACAGGGCAGCCAGGUGGGACUCCACCACCACCUCCAGUGCUGCUGGCCAGUGGAGGAGGCCAAGCGCAGACGGGACCUCCUGGUGGAGAUCAUCCGCAAAGAGAGAGAGCACAACAAGAGACUGCGGGACUUCAAGGAGAGGAUCCAGCAGCAGAAGGCCGCCCAGAACCGGCUCAGGGAGCAGAGGCAGCAGGUGGCCCGCGCAAGGAAUUACCACAGCAGCUUCCACGUGCAGCUCCGCGCACAUCUGACCCGCUCACGCUCCAAGGAGGAGAAGAUGCUGCGGGAGGUUUUCUCAGAGGGGCUUGCGUUGCAAAAGGCCAGUUUGAAGGAGGAGAGAUCCUACGCCAGAGAACACAGACUGGAGCAGAGCAGACGCCACCUGGAACACAUCUCCUCCAUGGAGAACUACUACAGAGACCAGUUUUCUUUGCUGGCUGAGACGCUUUCCGAAGAGAGGCAGGAGAUCCAAGUUCGCAAGAAAGCCCAGGAGAAGGCCUUGAUGAAGAUGAAGAGAAAGCUGCGCUCCCGAAUGGAGUGGGAGGUGGGGGAGCUGCAGGGCGUCAUCGUCCACAACGACCAGGACCACUUCUUCCAGGACCUAGAGGUCCAGAGGCUGCGGAGGCGGGUUCAGACAGCCUCUUUCCAGUACGAGUGCAGCGGCCUGCGAUAGGAACCUGGACGGCCGCACACUCAAUAUCUAUCUUUCAAAACUUUUUACUGGAUCGACUGUUUUGUUGCUGAGACAUUUUUAGAAGACCUUUUUCACCUCUGCUUCUAACAGGAAGUAGAGGACAAGUAAUAAUGAUUACCACUCUAGAAAUGUUAUCGACUCACUGUGAGUUACUGUUCACUGUCACACAUCAAUCACCUGUGAGGUGAUUGAUGUGUGACAGCGGUCUUUUCUUUGACUCCCUGGUUUCUCCGACCCCCGGAGGCCGCUGACAUCCCCUUGUAACUUUCGGUGGAUGAGGGACCAAUUCUAUAAUCCUAACGUUAUUUCUAGAAAAUUUCUGUGAUCAACACAUAAAUAAUAUUCUGAUUUUAA